CCACGCCAAAUGCCACAGCAGAUGGUGCACAUCCUGCUGUUCCUGAUGCCCAAGUGGAAUCUCCAGCUGUUGGUGUAACCGAAGUGUCUGAUGCUGCAACUAUUUUUGAAUCCCAGACAGAAAGUGAAGUUCCAGCUGACACUCCAGGAAAAAGCAGAGAACUUGCCUCUGCUGAAGACCCCAGAGAAGCUGACAACGCUGCCACAGAACCACUUGUGCAGGCAACUGUAGAGCCUGAAGAAGCUGAAGCCACCACUGGCCAAACAGCUGCUGGGACUGCAGCCGGAGUGGGGAGCACUGAGGAGCUGUUAGACCCUGCUCCAGUCAUAGCUGAAGGUGAAGGGGAGGAGCUACAAAAGGAGGCCCCAGCUGAACCACCUGAGGAGGCUGCAGUAGCGGCGGCGGCACCUCCCGAGCCCGAGGAGCCUUUCGAUAACAGCACUUACAGAAACAACCAGCACCACAGCUACACGCCAUUCACAUUCGUAGAUAUGGAUGUGGAGAUGUCCAAGUAUCGUCUGCCGCAGCCCUCCACCGGCCGGCCGUCUCCCCGACACUAGAGGAGCACGUGGUUUAAAACUAUAGGUCUUUUAAGAGUGACAUCCAUGCCCACACUCUGUGUGAUCGCUCUCCGCUUGUCACAGCUGCAUGCAUUCCUGCAGUUUAAAAUGUUCUAUUAUUAAAGUACAUAAAUGAGAAGCAAAGCCUGUUUUGCCUGGUGUGUGGUUGUUUUGUCUUGGGUGUAUAAAGGAAUAGGCAAAGAUCAAACACUUCUUUUAUGCUGCUUUUCUUCCUUGGGGGGCUCAUUUGAAUAGAGCUGAGUGUGCAAAGGGGUUUAUCUGUUUCUAUUUUAAUGAUUCCAAUUUUGACUCCUAUCCUGCCUGUUUGAACAUUAUGGCCUAAUUAUCCUGGCUCCAUGUCUUGUGCGAGGGGCAAGCAAUCUGCAUCUGUUCUGUCUGUGCUCUUGUGGGUGGAUGUCGAGCAAUUAUGCAUAAAGCUGAAGAUGCGUAAAUGAGAGCAAUGCAUAAGGUUUAGCAGGAAAGAAAGAAAGGAGGGGAAAAAAUCCCAGCAGGGAGAAGGAAGAGGGACUCUAAUUGCAGGACGUCAUGUCUCCGCCCACCUCAUAAAUAUUCAUGCGCCUAGCGCCCCUGCGUGCCCUUACGCGAUGACGCAACGCGACAACUGCGGGUCCCGAUUGCUGCAGCCGCUUGUCAGUGUGACGAAGAUUGGCACUCAGAUGCAAGGUAUAGUGAAAACAGACAACAAUUUGGAGCAGCAGUUUAUCGAGGGGACGUUGGCAGAGCCACCUAGCCCAGCACCCACUGAGCCGCAGACACCAAUGGACGCAGACAAAGCCUCCAUAUAUCGGCACCCCCUGUUCCCUCUGCUGGCUCUGCUGUUUGAGAAGUGUGAACAGUCCACGCUGAGCUCCGACUGCAUUACCUCUGCCAGCUUUGACGUGGACAUUGAGAACUUUGUGCGCUGUCAGGAGAAGGAGGGCAAACCCUUUUUCAGUGAGGACCCUGAACUAGACAACCUGAUGGUAAAAGCCAUUCAGGUCCUACGGAUCCACUUGCUGGAGCUGGAGAAAGUGAGUGACCUAUGUAAAGACUUCUGCAGCCGUUACAUUGCCUGCCUCAAGACAAAAAUGAACAGCGAGACUCUGCUGAGUGGUGAGCCUGGUAGUCCGUACUCCCCUGUACAAGGACCAACCCAAAGCUUCUCACCGACCAAGACUCAGACUCCCAGUUCUGUCUCCGGGACCAUGAGUCCUCAAGGUCAAAUUGUGGUUCCUGCAUCUGCUCUGCAGCAAGGAAAUGUUACCGUGACAGCCGUCAACCCCACCCAGGUGGUCGCAGGUAUGUCACCAUGGCAUACAACCCCUCCCGCAGGUGGCACAGUCUACCAGCCUGUUACAGUAGUCACUCCUCAGGGCCAAGUGGUAACACAGGCCCUUUCACCCGGAACAAUACGCGUCCAGAACAAUCAGCUCCAACUGCAGUUUCACCAGGACUUAAACCUCUUCAAUCAUGACGACAACUCAACUAAGAACAAGCGUGGCGUUCUGCCCAAGCACGCCACCAAUGUCAUGCGCUCGUGGCUUUUCCAACACAUUGGGCACCCUUAUCCAACAGAGGAUGAAAAGAAGCAGAUCGCCACUCAGACAAACUUGACUCUUCUGCAGGUCAAUAACUGGUUUAUAAAUGCACGGAGGCGAAUCCUGCAGCCCAUGCUUGAUGCCAGCUCUUCUGAAACGCCAAAAACAAAGAAGAAAACGCCUCAAAACAGGCCGCUGCAGCGCUUUUGGCCCGACUCCAUUGCCUCAGGAGGAGCCAGCCAGCAAGUUACCAUGCCAGAUGGUACAAUGGUGACCAUGAACAUGGAGAGUCUGCAGAGCCUGACGUCAGACGGCGCCACGCUGGCGGUACAGCAAGUGAUGCUGGGUGGUCACAGUGAAGAUGAGUCGGGAGACAGCGGCGACGAGGACGAUGACGCAGACAUGGCCGGGCUGGGUCUGGACAACAGCGACUCGUUGCAGUAAAGGACACGCAACCGGACGACUACACACUGAACAACCCUCCAAAAGGUCUACAUCAUCAAGCCAAGCAAAUCACUUUCCCAAGCGCACACGUUAGGUUUACACAGAGCACAACCACACAGGACAGAUGGCGGGAUCAUGUCCUCCAGCCGUUUCUACUGCGUGUGCGGCUGUAAUUUCAGAUACCGUUUUCUAAUAACAUAGCUGAUGUAGGCGAGUGCACUUUUUGUAUGAUACUGUAAGCUCAAAAAGAUUAAAUCAGAAGAGAAAAAGGAAGUGUUAAACACCUGAAGCAAGUUUGUUUGCUUUGUUAAUGUCAGUUUGUUUGUUUUUUUGUUUGUUUGUUUUUUAAGGUCCCUCCCCCUGACUAAAGUCUCAUUUUGGAUGCCAACACUUUAACGUUGUAUGUGUAAGAGUUUGUCUUCACUUUUUUGCAUGCUUGUGUUUUGAGUAGAUGUGUGCACUCUUAUGACUGACUCCACAGCUCUCACAGCGGCCCCUGCAGGCCAAACGGAGAGAUUAAAAAAAAGAGAUGCUUAUUUUUAUAUACAAACAUUUAAACUAGUGGUUUUUGUUUCAUUUUUUGUGUUCUUGUUUUGUAAGAAGUAUUUAUGUACAGAUUCAUAAUUAAAACUAGCAACCCUGUUUUCCAGGGUUCUUUGAAGUUUUCUAAAAAAAAGAAAAAAAAAAGAUAAAUUGAAUGCUGAUUUAAGAAUUGCUAUUUAAAUUGGUUUUAGACUUACAAUGCUAAAAAGGCCUUACUAGUGUCAUUUUAUAAAAAAACAAAAACAAACAAAAAAACCAAACAAAAUUAAAUCUAGCCAAGAAGCACAAAUAGACGCCUGAUCCUCUGUGAAAUUAGUCCAAAAGACACUAAACUGCAGAACACUUUCCAGGUGAUGUAAGGCGCCGGCAGCACUGCAACAUAUCUCGCACAGAAAAUUGUAACUGCAGUACUUUUCUAAAUACAACUGCAGUUUUAGCCACAUUGUGUAUACCAUAACAUUGUCUUUUAAUGGUUUUACGAUUUAA